UGCUGAAGUCUUCCUCUAACUGGAGUCACGUCACAUGUUCAUAGCCGAAAAACUAAUCCCCGAGCACCAUUUUUCCAUGGCAAUCCUUCAGCUCCGUAUAAUUCAACACUCUCUGUGCACUGUACUUGUUUUUCUUCUUCAGUUCCCCUUACUCGGGUACCAGUACAACGUCCCAGAUAAGUAUUUUAUCAAUUGUGGGUCAGACAGCAGUGUUACCGAAAGUGGGAAGGCUUACGUUGGUGAAACUGAAUCAAACCUUAAAACCAAUUUUAACAGCAGCAACACAGAAAGGAGUGAGUCACCGCCGCUUUCUCCUCUUUACCAAACAGCAAGGAUUUUUCGAAAGGACUCUUGGUAUGAGUUCAACAUCGACCCAACUGGCACUUUCCUGGUACGCCUCCAUUUCUACGCUUUCUGUUCCCCUAGUAAUCUCUCCUCGGCCAGGUUCAACGUUUCGGUUCCUGCUUUCUGGUUGUUGCGAAAUUUCAAUGCUACAAAUGGUACCAAUAACAACUCUGCUUUAGUAAAAGAGUUUUUCAUUCAUAUCACAUCCCCCAGCUUCAGAAUCACUUUCAGACCUUUGCCAUCAUCAUUUGCGUUUGUCAAUGCCAUAGAACUCUUCCUACUCCCCCUCCAUUUGAUCGAUGAUCGAGUCUCGCGUUUCACUUAUAGCGGCAAUAACCAAGGCUUAGAUGCAUACAACAAUUUAUACUCUCGGGUGUUGGAGACCAAACACAGGCUCAAUGUUGGUGGCCAAACUACCAAAGAUAGCUUAUUGAGAAAAUGGAUUCCAGAUGAUACUUAUCUCGUUUAUCCAGAAAACGCCAAGAAUAGUUCCCCUUACCAUGAUAUUAAGUACCGUGUAAGUGAUGACUCAGGUGGUCCAAAUGCAAAUAAUUUCACGGCGCCAAUUGAUGUGUACGGAACUGCUAAAGAGAUCAAUAAUAAUUCUGCUGGUGCCGGAGACGCUAAACUUUUAAACAUAACAUGGCGACUUCCGGUGGAGAAGAACAUAGAUCAUCUCCUUCGGCUUCACUUCUGUGACUAUUUCAGUUCACAAAUUGAUCUUGCAUUCUUCAAUGUGUCCAUUUACGACAUCAAUGUUAUGCCUGUAAAUAAUGACAAAAACGUGUCUAACGAGUUGCCUGCCCCUUAUUAUUAUGAUUUUGUGGUGCACUCUGAUGACUCUGGAUUUAUGAGGAGGGUCAGCGUAACACCUGAUGCAUCUGCUUACGUUCCUAAUGCAUUUUUAAACGGGAUAGAAAUAAUGAAAAUGAUUGAAUUACCAAAUUCUGUUUCUAUUCCUUCUGACAUGGGCAAAUCCGAUUCCAAGCAUAAUCACCUUCCUGUGUUGCUGGGUUCAGUUCUUGGAGGCUUAGUCCUGUUUUUUGUAGUGGUUGUGGUACUUGUCUUUCUUUGGCGUCUUAAAAUGAGGAAGCAAAAGCCCGUUGAGAAUUUGGACUGGUUGCCAAUGCCAGUUAUUGCUGGAGGGAGUUCUCACGGCAGAUUGACUGAGGGAACCGUCCAAGGCCCUCCUCUUCCCAACAUAAACCUUGGACUCAAAAUUCCAUUGCUUGAUCUUCAAUUGGCAACAAAGAAUUUCCACACAAGUCAGAUAAUUGGCAAGGGUGGUUUCGGCAACGUCUACAACGGAGUUCUCAAGAAUGGCAUGAUUGUGGCAGUGAAAAGAAGCCAGCCAGGGUCAGGUCAAGGCCUUCCAGAAUUUCAGACAGAGAUCAUGGUUUUGUCUAAGAUUCGUCACAAACACCUUGUUUCCUUAAUUGGGUAUUGUGAUGAAAGCUUUGAAAUGAUUCUGGUUUAUGAGUACAUGGAAAAAGGGACACUCAGAGACCAUUUGUACAAUACAAACUUUCCAAGCUUGUCUUGGGAGCAGAGGCUUGACAUUUGCAUUGGAGCUGCCAAAGGUCUUCAUUAUCUUCACAAAGGAGUGGUUGGUGGAAUCAUUCACCGUGACGUAAAGUCCACAAACAUAUUGCUUGAUGAGAACCAUGUUGCUAAAGUUUCAGAUUUUGGCCUUUCAAGAACAGGUCCUCUUGAUCAUGAAUCACAUGUCAGCACCAGUGUUAAAGGCACUUUGGGGUAUCUUGAUCCUGAGUAUUUGAGGAAGCAACAGCUGACAGAAAAAUCUGAUGUCUAUUCAUUUGGGGUAGUUCUUUUGGAAGUGUUAUGUUCAAGACCAGUUAUUGAUUCAUCGCUUCCAAGUGAACAGAUAAACUUGGGUGAAUGGGGAAUGCUUUGCCAAAACAAGGGGAUACUACAAGGAAUAGUUGAUCCUUCCAUCAAGGACCAAAUAGAUGAAAACUCACUCAGGAAAUUUAGUGAGACAGUAGAAAAAUGUUUACAAGAAGUUGGUUCUGAUAGGCCAACCAUGGGAGAUGUGUUGUGGGACUUGGAGUAUGCGCUGCAGCUUCAGAGAGGUGUUCAUGGUAAUAGUUAUAGUAGUGUUUCUGCAUCACUUCAAUUGCCCAAUGUUCGGCGUCUUGCUUCAUUCUCCACACCAAAUGAAGUGGAUGACUUGUCUAAGAUUUUAAAUUCCGGCAGCAUAAUGUGAUUGUAGCUAUAGUGGCAGCUGAUACGCAAAUUGAAG